AUGGGUCAUUUUCAACCGAUACUUCCUCUAUUUAAAACAAAUUUAACAAGACGACGUUCUCGUACAUGGCAAAUUCUUGCUUUAGUUGUUUUAGUUUUUCUUGGUUUAACAUUAAUUGCUGUUCGAUAUUUACCAACAGUUGUUAUUGAUCCAGUAUCAGUACUUAAAAAUCGAGAUUUUAAAGAUAUAUUUGUUCCACCAAUACCUCGUCCACCAAUAAAUUGGCCUCAUCAAGAUCAUAAUCAUUCUUUACAUUUAGUUGAUGAUAAAUCAAGAUUAAAACAAAAAAUUGAUGAAAAUAAAGCCAAUUUAAUUAAUUUAGAUGAUAAUAAUCAUGAAAAUUCAAAUAAUAUUGGUGAAAAAACAAAAUUAUAUAAAACAUCAUCUCAAAAGUCAAUAUUACCUACAGAAAAUUUAACACAAUUAUUUAGUCAUAUGUCUAUUGAAGAACUUAAAAAUAUUCAAUCUGUUGAUAUGCGUCGAGAAAAAGUUCGAGAGGUUAGUUAA